AUGGCCAUUCCCAUCAUUGUCGCACAAGUAAAGGAGGUCCUCUCGGGGACGUACAGCUCGACGGCGUUCAUCGAUACCUCAAGCAGUAUCUGUCAGUCUCUUUUGCAAGACGCUGUCGCUGCCUCAAACGCAAUCCCAUUAAGUGAUAGGCUUGAUGUACUAAUCUCGUCUGGGCUGGUCGCCCUCUUGUUGGAUCUUUUCAGAAUAGAUUUAAAGCCCAUUAACGAGACGACGGUUCGGUUCAAAUGUCUCGCUCUAGGAACCAUGACACAGCUCCUUAAGGGUAUUUCCAGUGGGGAAAGCACCUCCUAUGUUAGGGUCCAGACAUGUCUUUUGAAGAGCUUUGUGGCUCUCGGUGGCAUGGAGGAGCUUGCAAAGGCCAUGUCUGAGCCGCGGGCAGGCAGUACCCAGCUGACAAACUACGCAGUUCAGUUCCUACGGCACUUUGUUCAGGUCCGCUUUGGGAUUGUUUGCCUAUUCAGAGAGACGUAUGAAUCGGCUUCUCUCCUCACGACGUAUUUGCAUACAUGCACCGGUAACCCUGACGCACUGAACGAGAUGUUAGAGAUUUUGGCUCUCUAUACAACGACUAGCUUUUCAACAGACGAGUUCUUGCUCUUUCUUUCGACGCAGGUGCCUGACUUUUUGUUUGAAAGAGUCUUGUCUCCUCCUGCACAGUGUCCUGUUUCCAGCUCUGCUAGCACACGUUUAGCAACCUUGGGAUUGCUCAGUGAUUUAUUGGAGCGGCUCCAUACCUUCAAGCAAUCCAUUGCAAAGGCGAUUCUCGAUAGCGGCGAACAAGUAGAUAAGGCGCUGGCCCAAUACAACGCUCUUCUUCGACACCAGGACAAGAUAUUUACCCGACUAGUUAUGGACGACUACCUUGUGACGAACCUGUUGGGUGGCAGAGACACCAAAGCGUUUUUGUCUGCUGCAUCCACACGGUCUCCAUUCAGUCUACACCUAUCUGCGGACACUUCGCGUACAAUGGCUGGCGACAGCUCCAUCAUCUACCAACCAGAUGUUAUAACGGUCAGGCUGCUUAGCAUAUUCUUCCUGCACUGCGGAGAGAGGCGGAUAGAAGCAUAUACGCGGGUGCCAUUCUCCAUUUUGGAGAGCCAUGGCCCUCUCGAAAACCGUCUACCACUUUUCUCGGUUCAGGAAGAGCAGGCGAUCGUAGAUUACCUCUCCGUUAUUUACAGUGUUCGAAUGUUUCGGUCUUUAGCCUCGUUCUUCUAUUCCUAUCUGGACACGAAGACUGCAGGCUUGGAAUCUUGCAGCAGUAUGCCCAUGAAUGAUUAUAAUGAAAUAGUAGGCGCAUACUUGCGCAUUAUACUCUUGUUUUUAGUGUAUUCCCCCUCGUUCUUUAGGCAGACACUGAUCGAUGCAGCGCUUCUGGAGUACAAUGCUCUGCAGUUUGAGGCAUCUAACACACAGACCAUGAAGCUGUCCUCCAGCUCCGGGCUGCCAGGAAGACGCAAGACGCUUAUGGCCACAUUCUUUAUUCCCCUGGUGCAGAACAUAAUAACACCAGUUACAUAUUUCCCGACCAUUCCCGUCUACGCGGCAGCAACGUUUGGCAUAUUCUGCAUUGCCGUUGGAAACACUCUAGACUAUUCCAACUUUCAAUCACUACUUCAGAUUGUUGCAGAGUACGUUUCUUCUGAUGCUGCUCCAUUGGAAGAGGUUAUCUUAACAAAGCUGACCAAUUGUUUCAUGUCCAAUUCACUAGAUUUUCUCCGGGACGUGUAUAUUUUCAUCGACAUCAAGCCCAGCUUUUCAGGGACCCUGUCGGAGGGCACUUCUACGGUUCCGCGACCAAUUUCCAGCGACAUCAUCUUGCUUAGUUCUGGCUAUAAUGCUAUGUCCACUGCUCUCUAUGCAGCACAGUGUGCACACGAAGAUCCGGUGACGAGUCUCGGGCAUUCCGCAUCAUUCAAGACGAAAGCUGCCGCCUCAAGUUCCUUGGCCCAAAGCCAGCGCACUUCACGCAUGAACGCCAACCUUCUGGCCCUGUACUCAAGCAGUGCAUCGCUAAAGCUGUUCUCUACUGACAAGGAGCUAAGCUUAGUAAGCGCAUGCACGUACCUCACGUUUCUCGAUUGCCUAGUCAGCCUUUUUGAAGUUACUGACCAGUAUUCGGAAGAUAGUCAUUACAAACUAAUGCAAGAGUAUGAGACAUACGUCGCGCCCAACACAAUCUAUUCUCUGUAUCGUCGUCAAGACGUCCUGCUUCUUUUGCAGUCUAUCAAUUCGCCAAACGUGACUCUUCUCUGCCGCAAUACACGGGAGUUUCUGAUUACCCAUGUCGUGUUAUUGCUUCACGAUAUACGGUCUAAUGAGCCUCUUAACGCGAGUACUGUUACAGACGCAAUUUCUCGUUACAUAAUCGAUUUGUCCGAAGCCCUUGACUUAGAGCUGAUGGCGUCGGCGAGUAGGGGGCAGACGGACUUUACGUCUCUCUGUGCCAUGGACAAGCUGACUUUUUGUCGCGCUCUUCUUAUUAUCCUUUGUAAUCCCUAUAUCCUCUUGGCUACCGGGGACAAUAAUACUCUAUCUAAGGUAUUCCAUAAGAUUGACCAGUGCGACAGCACAUUAAGGAUCACCAUUGACGACACCAUCCAACAACUAAACUCGCUUCUAGCCCACGAGAUUCUCGUCAAGUCCGUUCAUUCCUUCUGCGACUUCUAUGUGACUAAUCAAACAACUAAGCUGGUGGACCUUCCCCACAAUCUGCUCGUAAAUGUUGCCAACGAUGUCAGACGAUUGCGUGAAAUAGACAACUUAAAGAGAGUGCACGGCACACAGGCCACAGACACAGGCCUUCUGAAAACAACAGGCUCCUUUGCACAGCAUUUUGACCCGAUGAUUGGAACCGGUUUGGUGCCACUAGAAAUAAACUUUGCAUCUCUCAUGAUGCAACUGUGUGAUUGUUAUGGGAGUAGCCUGGUCACGAUUGCAUCUCAGAACGCUUCUCUCGCCGGAACACAGAAGCGAGGAACAGACUUAUUGAGGUACGCCUUGAUUAUCGCCAGAUCUCUGGACUCUGACCUCACGUAUGCAAACUCCAAAAGUGAGACGUGCACCUCACAAUCUUAUAGUAUCCUGUCGACCUCUACCUCUCUGGCACAGGUAUCUAGAUUGCAUUCGAAUAAGAUCAAAUGCAAGCUUAUUUCUCAUAUGCUGCAGGCUGACAAGCUUUCUGACGGAGUUGGCAUGGUAUUUAUGGGGAAAAGAGAUACCCUUUCUUACAAGGGAUUUGGCAUCAAUGCUGCUUACUGCUUACGUUACGCACACAACACUUGCGAAAAAACCGCUAUGCAACAAGUGCAGAUGGCGCAUACCAAAAACCCAACUGUUUUCAUGGUCUCCUCCAAGUUUUCACAAAUACAGACCCUCAAGGCCGACUUUGGCAUCUCCCUUCCUAACUUCAGGCUUCAGCUCGCCGACCUACUAGACAUAACGGCUUGGAUCCUGGAGGUGAUUAGGUGCGAUUACAACGUCCGUGUGCCGGAGAUUCUUUACUCCCCUGACCUUACGGAAACAGGAGCAAUUCCGUUUUCUUCUGCAUUUGUUGCCGAGCUGUUUCCGUCAUACAUGAACAACACCUUAGAAUUAGCUAUUCAAGCCACCCUAAAAGCGCGGGAAGACAACGACAGAACGCUUCGUUUUAUCGACAAUACAAAGGAUGACAGUGACAGCAUCCUCCACAUCAUUCACCGCAAAGUGGCAAUAAAGAUCUGUGAGUCAGUACUUGAGAGUCUUUACGAGCUACGCCUCAUGUUCUUCGGCCUCCUUGGCUCCAAAAUACUAUUCAAUCCAGAGACAUCGACAUUUGAUACAGACUACGAGCGGUUUCCGGAGCAAAACGGAUACAUUGGGGUGUACACCAAAGACACCGAAGGGGAGCAGGCCGUUUCUGCGAUUCCGUACAAAGGGAAGCUUACUGCAUACUACUUCUCAGAAACAAAUGCAGAAGUCUCCCGUAUGUCCUCUGUUGCCCUUGUGGCACUGAUGCUUACACUUAUGCAGCCGCGACGAGGUACCGGUGUGCUUGCAGAGACGUCACUAACCAGUUUCAAUUCUUGUUCCUCGCCAGUACAGCAUCCAUCGCCAGGCUCGGUAACAGAGCAAGAUCACGAAAUUAACAUGGAGGCAAUCAACCUGUCUCCGUUGCAAACAGUUGCAUUCACUGAGAUGCUGCAGGAAUCACUUAGGUAUGGAUUCGUCAUGGACAAUAAUCUUAGAUAUCUACAAGUUAACGUCAAAUUCGAAAACAUUAUCCUCGGAAAUGCAGAAAGCAACCUGUCAAUCAACGCAUAUAUUCCGAGAGUUAGGGCUUUUCUUAGGAAGUACGGCAAUUACAGCUUCGCAGUACCCACUGUAACAGGCACUGAGCAGGGAGUUACUGUUCGAUCCUCACUUGUGGAUGAUGUUUUCACUGCAGGGAAGUUCUCUGACACAUAUGUGUCCACUAAAGUUAAAGGCAACAUUGGCGUUGAUAAUCCCGAUCAUUAUAGACACUCAAGCAAGAUACUAAAAGCAUUGCAUGAAGAGAACGAGAAUCAAAGUCGGUUUUCUGAGACUAGUGGUGAGACAAGCAGCCAGUUCGGGAGGAUUACAGAAAAACACAGCCCCUCUCUUAUUACAUCGCACCAGCAGGUUCCUAGUCGGCUGAUCUCUACGCUAUUGAAUGUCCCAAAAUCAGAAUCCAACGCAUCUACCUACGAAACAGCAGAGGAUGAAUUUUUCACCAGACAACCGCACGCUUUAAGUGUGCAUGACGUCAAGGCUGGAAUCCAAGACCAGCACGAGGACGAUGCCUUUAAGCUGGAUGAUAUUAUUAAUACCAAUGUCAUUUCUAACCGUGGACCACACCCAGAAAUCUCUGCAGAACCGCAUGAUUCUUCGUCCUGUACCUCUGAGGUUGGCUCAACUCCAGUUCCGUGUGCAACGCCAAAUGCCGUAGUUGAAGAAGCAACCGUUGAGGACGCGAAAGCACACUUAUCAGAUAGAAGAUCUCACCGAGCCUCAUCGAUUUCAGGCCCGGGAGGCAUUCCCAAAUCUAUCGCAACAAUCAAGAAACAUGCCCUUCCUCCACCCCCACCAGCUGCAAAGAGUCCGUCGUCAAAGCGAUCAACGUUUAUUGAGUGCAUUUCGGCCAGCCUGGCAGAAAGGCAGGCUCCGAAUACUAGCGUUACACCAGAACUGUCGUCAUAUAAAGAUAAUUUGUCCGCUUCUUCCGCAUCUGAAGGGUCUGAGACCCCGGUGAUUAUUCAGAUAUCCAAGAGCAGCCAUGAGCUCGGUAAGCUUGAUACACUGAAUAAGGAUGUGAGCCACAUUGAAGGCUCUUCCGACGUCAGGGUCUCAGAGAACAUCACGCGUCCCAUAGAGUUCGGUUCUGCAAUGUCUGGCGUUGACACUAACACGUUAGUAGCCCUCAUGGACAGCCUGAGCUUAGAUGUCAAGCAGGUGAUCGAAAAGCACCAUGCCAGCAAAGAAUCGUCCCCCGUUAUGAGAGGAGAGCAUGAAGAGCGUCUCGAAAAAGAAAUCACCCCGGUGCCGUGUGCACUCUCCAAUGAGACGCUAGACAGCAUCAUAACGUCCCUGAAGGACAUUCCUAAGUUGGGGCCUCCGCCUUUGUUUACCUAA